GUUUUUACGUACAUGUUCAUCACAGGAGUCGGAGUUAAGAAAUUAAGAACAACAAUUUUUGGAAUACUGGUCCUCUCAUUAUUUAGGCUACACAAUGUCUUGCACCAGUACUUGUCCAAUUACCCAUUUUAUACCAAAAAAUGUUGUUACGUUAGUAACUUUCUCUUUCUUUGUGAAUCGUAAUGCCAUAUAUUUAGCUUAUAAUUGAAAUGGCUAGGGACGACAUAUUUCUUUUUGUAUCAAUCUUCAAAGACUUCAAAGGAAAGCCUUUGUUCCUCAUUAUGAUUAAUGAUUUGAGAGUAAAUUCCCCAGGCACAAAAAUGUGGAAAUUUGUAGACGAUGUCUCAUCUUCUGAAAAUCUUACAUCGAACAGCUUCUCGGCCACUCAGUCAACUCUUGAUUCUAUCGAUUCAUGGGCAACUUACAAUUGUAUGAAAUUGAAUGCCAAAAAAUGCAAAGACCUCCGGGUUUCCUUUCUCAAAGAAACCCCGCAGCUACCAUCUUUGACAAUCGAUGGUCACGUGCUAGAAACGGUACAAUCGCACAAAGUGUUGGGUUUAAUUAUUCAAAACAAUCUUAAAUGGGACGAGCAAAUUCGAUCAAUCGUCACCAAGGCCUCCAAACGGUUAUACGGUCUUCGGGUAUUAUGCCGCGGUGGUAUCCCUCCUGCUCAUCUUACCAACAUAUACUUAGCUUCGCGCUUAUUCGUUCUAUUUUGGAAUACUGUUGUGAGGUAUGGAAUUACGCGAUACCCCGCUAUCUGUCUGACGAACUGGAAAGAGUACAAAAGCGUGCCAUGCGCAUUAUCUUUCCUGGCCACUCAUACGACCAUAGGCGUCGAAAGAUUGAUAAGUGGGGGGGGGACCAUAUUCAUAUAUUGGUGUUCACAGACCUUAAAAACAAUCGAUUUCAAAAGAAAUUAAUGAUGCAGAACACGAAUAUAUGAAUAUGGUCCCCCCCCCCCACUUAUCGAUCUUUCGACGCCUAUGCAUACGACGAAGCUCUCCAAUUGGCUAAUUGCAUUAGCGACAGGCGAAACGAAACCUGUAUAAAUACCUUACAGAAGAUUGCUAAACGAGCAGGUCCCCUUGUUGAACACGUGACACAAUCCAGAGCUUGUGCUCAACAAUAUUAUUUUGUCAUUUACAGAUUAUUUUGUCAUUGUAUAAAUGCAGAACUGAACGUUUUAAAAACAGUUUCUUUCCAAGAGCAAUUGUUGAACUGAAUGCCAUGAAAUAGAGAAAGGAACCUACCUUAGAUUAAAUGGUUGAACAAUUUAUAUUUAUAUUUUAACAAUAUUCUUAACUUAAUAUUCUUAACUUAUAUAUUAAUAAUAUUCUUAACCUAUUUUACCUUAUAUUUUAUAACCGUGUAAAUAACUAUAAACUAAAUUUGACUUUGAAUGUAAACACAUUGUAAUUCAUUGUUUAUGCGAAAAUGUGUCAUUAAACACCAAAUAAUAAUAAUAAUAAUAAUAAUAAUAAUAAUAAUAAUAAUAAUAAUAAUAUAUAAUUUUAUGAUGACGUUACGAAAUCUAUGACGUCAUGUCAUUCGGGCAAAUUCAGCCCAGCCCCCCCCCCCAAAAAAAAAAAAUAAUGUGCCCGUACGCCUAUGUACUGAUUUGUCAAGAGUAUCGUUUGUACCUAAUGCCCAGAUAUUAAAAUCUUUUAUGAUUUGUGCUUCACUGUUUGCUACUUCAGUAUUGAUAUUUAUUUUGUUCAAGUUUUUGAAAUAAUCAAACCAUUCAGAUGGUAGAAUUUCGUGUGAAGUUGUAGGUUUUUGAGUUUCCAGAAAUCUUUAGGAUUGUUUUCUGAUAAUAAUUCAAUUUUAUUUAGUAUAGAAUUAUGAAAUUGUCUUUUUUGUUUUUUAACUGUACGUUUAUAUUCCUUCUUUUUGCAAAAAAGAGAUGACGUAAGUAAAUGUCGUUGGGAAAUUUCGAGAGUAGACUACCUAAAUUUCUCAAGUUCUUUUUCAGAUUGUGACAAUUUCCGUCAUACCAUUCCUGUCUCAUUUUGGCAUUACCUUUUUUGAUCUUUUUCUUUUGCCUCUUAAUGUUUAGAACUUUUUGUGAUGUAUCGGACAAAAUUUCUGAGAAAUUAGCUACAAGUAUAUCUGUGUAGGUUGCUUCAUCACUAGAUACACCUUUAUGUUGGAAAAAUAGAGAUUCUAAUUUAUUUUCUACUUCGUUCGAACUCAUGCAUUCUCUUAGAGCAUCCUUUUGACUUUCAUUCCAAAUAAAAGAUUUAAUAUGAGGGGUUAAUUUGAAAAUAUCACCUGAGUUUUGUGGAUAUUUAAUCUGUAGUAUAAAAGACAGACAUGAAUGAUGAGAAAAUUCAGUGAUAUCUUCAACAUUAAAGCCUACAACAAAUGAAAGCAAGCUGUGCGAGAUAACAACAUAGUCAACCACACUUGCCCCGUUAUAGGUCUGACAGGUAAAUUGCCCAAGGAGAUCACCGUUUGUUCUUCCAUUUAAAACAGCCAUACCAUUACCAAUAUAUAGAUCAAUAAGGGAUUUCCCAUAAUCAUUAACAUGGUGAUUUUUUGAAUAUCGCUGGUCUAAUGAUGGAGUGAUAUAUUUAUCAUCUUCCAAGAACUUAUUGUCAACAAAAUCUUCUACAACACCUAUUCUAGCAUUAAAAUCUCCGCACAAAAUGAUAUUGCCCUUGCUUGCAAACUUAUAAAUAUUAUUCUGGAGGUUUUCGAAAUGAUCAGUAUUUAAUCGUGAUUCACGUGAUGAAUUCUAGGGUGGAAUGUAUACAGUGCAAAUGAAAACUAAUAUCAUGCUUGAGAUUAAAAAACGCCGGUUUUGUCCAAUUUAUAGCAAACAAACUCUUCACUACUUUCCUUGUCUAAAAAUUUAUCCCUUUUUUAAGAGUUGACUUAACAAGAAUAGUUAUACCACCAGAACUUCUACGCGAAUUUUGAGAAACUGUUUUUCUACAUUUUGAAAAUGAAUGAAAACCAUCGAUAUUAAUAUUGCAUUUUUCAUGGGGCAACCACGUUUCAACUAAAGAGACUAAAUCAAAUUUAUGUAGCUUUGAAAUAAAUUCUGAGUCAUCGAUUUUACUUAGUAAUAUAUGAUUGUUCGGAUUGUGUAAUGUUUUGACUGCACUUGACUCCCCGUUCGAAAGGUUAUUUUGUGAGGAUUUCAAUGGUGACUUUCGUUUGAAAGGGGGGUAAAUACUCGCCGAGAUAUUUACAUUAGAAAAAUUGAGUCGUAAUGUAAUGCGAAACCGGCCUGUCGAGAAAGAGUUUUAAAUCAUACACACAGUGAAAAAUCAAUCAAUCAAUCAAUCAAAUCAAAAACUUUAUUAUUGUGUCAAAUAAAUUCUAGUUUACAAAGAAACUAAUUGGGGACACCUACCUAUAUUAACUACUAUUAACUAUAUAAACAGAAUAAAUAUAUUAUAACAAAUAUCUAUAAUUAGUGUCGAUUAAUUGUUGCAUAAAUAGCAAUUAGUACAACUAUUGGAAAUUAAGUCGGCUAUAUCCAUUUGCCGUAUGUGUCUUUUAAACGUAUCUAAGGAUAUAGCCGUUUUUAUGGACUUAUGGAUCUUUGACCAAAUGAACGGGCCCAUAUACCUCAAGCUGUGUUUCCCAUACGUAACCGUGUUAAAUCUAGGUAUGGAGAAAUCACUUACAUUCCUAAGAUUGUAAUUGCUGGUGUUGUGUUUGAAAAGAUUACAUACAUCAGAGGGUGCCAGAUUAUUGUUCACUUUAUACAACUAUGGCUAUAUCCUGGAGUCUACGAUUGUACAAUGUAGGAAGUUUGCCUUUCCUUAAGAGAUCUUCAUACGAGCUACUCCUAUCACAAUAUAUGGCCCUAAGUGCUCGCUCUUGUAAUCGCUCUAUUUUCCUUCUGUCUGAUGACAAACAGUGAUGCCAUACUAUGUGACAGUAGGUUAUUUGGGGUAGUAUAAAAGCUUUAAAGAUUCUUAAUUUGGCUUCAGUCGGUAUCAAGUUCCUGAACCUCAUAAGUGUUGUAUUAGCAUAUUAUUAGCAUAAAUCAUGAUAUGUAUAUAAGUAACCGAACUAGUAUUAAAGUCAAGUUAGUAACACAACAUGGUGGCAGCGGUGGGAUCUUGUUACAGGGCUUGUAAAUGAAGUAAAAGAGUGGAAGAGCGGUCGGUUGACGACUUAGAGGCGCCACUAACUUCUUACAAGACUCUAGUCCCUUGAUUGCGUUAGAGAUAGCCAGAAUGGCAUCUUUUCAAGUGCAGCCUCCGGAAAAAUUUACUUUCAAGCCAGAAGAUUGGUUGAAAUGGAGUCGGAGAUUUGAGCGAUUUAGGAUGGCGUCUGGUCUCGAGAAAGAAAGCGAAGAAAGCCAAGUUAAUACCUUGAUUUAUUCAAUGGGUAGCGAAGCGGACGAUAUUGUGCAAUCUCUCAGUAUCGCUGAAGGCGACCAAAAGAAAUACGAUGUUGUUAAAAAGAAAUUGGAAGAUUUUUUCAUCAUCAAGAGAAAUGUAAUCUUUGAGCGAGCUAAGUUUAACUUGCGAAGUCAGCAGGAAGGAGAAACCGUCGACGUGUUUAUUACGGACUUGUUCAACCUUGCAGAACAUUGUAAUUUCAGUGUUUUACGCGAAGAAUUGAUCCGUGACCGUAUUGUUGUUGGAAUUCGGGACAAAGCGUUGUCGGAAAAGUUACAGUUCGAAGCAGACCUAACCCUAGAAAAAGCCGUGAACUUUGCCCGACAGAAAGAAAAUGUUAGAAAGCAGCAAGGGUUUCUUCGAGGCGACGGCAAACAGCAAAUCGACUAUGUGGGCGUGGGGAAAUUUGCAAAAAUAAGAAAGAAUGAGAAAUCAAACUUCAAAGAUCAAGACAGAGGACAAAUACACAAAGGCAACGGAAAAUGCAGUAGGUAGUUAGUACCUAUGCAUCCUAAGAAAAGCUGUCCAGCAAACGACUCAAAGUGUCAUAAGUGUGGCAAGAUUGGUCACUGGAAAAGAGCGUGUAAAAGCACAGCGAUCAGUGAAGUCAGCCGAGACACAGGUGAGAUCUUUCCAAAUGAGUUUUUUCUAGGCGAAAUAGUCGUAGAAAGCAUUGAAGCUGAACCGUGGAAAGCAAAUCUUACAGUAAAUUAUUGUAAGUUUCAAUUUAAGCUCGAUUCAGGUGCUGAUGUAACUGUAGUUCCGAAGUACCUUUAUGAUAAAUUGUCAAAUAAACGAAAAGUUAAGCUUCAAUCAACUGAUAAAAUACUAUUAGGUCCUUGCAAUUAUCGUCUCAAUUGUUUGGGAAAAUUUAAUGCUAGGAUAACCUCAAAGAAUAAAUUUAUUCUCGAGGAAAUUUAUGUUGUUAAAGAUCUGCGUAAACCAUUGUUAGGCAAAUCAGCAUGUGUAUCAUUAAAUUUACUUGGUAAAAUCAAUGAGGUGGAAAAUUCUAAAGCACCAGAAGAAAGCAAAUAUAAGCAACAAAUAAUAGAUCAAUAUCCCAAAUUAUUUAAGGGCUUAGGAGAGCUUGAAGGGGAAUAUGAGAUAAAAUUAAAAGAGUUGCCAGAACCUUUUGCUUUGAAUGUGCCAAGGAAAGUACCUUUUCCAAUGUUAGAUAAAACCAAGAAAGAAAUCGAGCGAAUGUUAAAAAUAGGCGUUAUUUCCAAAGUAGAUCAGCCAACAGUCUGGUGCGCCCCCAUGGUAGUUACACCAAAACAAAAUGGGGAGGUUCGAAUAUGUGUUGAUCUGACCAAAUUAAAUAAAAGUGUUUUGAGAGAAGCGUAUCCUCUCCCAUCAGUUGAUUUCACACUAGGGAAGUUAUCAAAAUCUAAGGUAUUUUCAAAAUUAGAUGCAAAUAGUGCCUUUUGGCAAAGAAAGCUCUCAGAAUCCUCUCGUUUACUAACCACAUUCAUUACACCUUGGGGACGAUUCUGUUUUAAUCGGCUUCCAUACGGCAUUUCUACUGGAAGCGAACAAUUUCAGAAAAGCAUGAAUAACGUCUUAGAAGGGUUAGAAGGGGUUGAGUGUGAGAUUGACGACUUAUUAGUCCAUGGAGAAUCACAAGAGCAGCAUGACUCUAGGUUGCAUUCAGUUUUGCAGAGACUACAGGAGUCCAAACUUACUUUAAACAGGGAUAAAUGUGUAUUUAGUGUCUCCACGAUUAAGGCAUUAGGUCAUGUUAUUUCAUCUAAAGGGAUAUCCCCAGACCCUGACAAAGUUAAAGCCAUUUUAGAUAUUCCUGUACCUACAAAUGUUGCCGAAGUUAGAUCUUUCAUGGGUAUGGUGAAUCAAUUUAAUAAGUUUACAAGUCAUCUCGCAUCCAAAUCAAAACCACUCAGAGAUUUAUUAUGUAAAGAUUCUGUUUGGUAUUGGGGGGAUAAGCAAAAUGAGUCAUUUAAUGAUCUAAAGAAAUGUUUAAUUUCUGUCCCAAUUUUGGCUCUUUAUGACCCAAACAAAGAAACUAAGAUAAAUGCAGACGCAUCUUCUUACGGUAUAGGAGGGGUAGUCUUGCAGAAACAAGAAAACAAUGAGUGGAAACCCGUUUCUUACAUUUCACGCGCACUUACAGAUACAGAAUCUAGAUAUAGUCAAAUUGAAAAAGAAUGCUUGGCAUUCACGUGGGCGUGCGAGAGAUCGAGUGAUUAUAUUUUAGGAAAAUCAUUCUCAGGAGAAACUGAUCACAAACCAUUAGUACCAUUACUGACCACCCAUACCCUAGACCAAAUACCACCACGAAUCCAAAGGUUCAGAAUGAGAUUAAUGAGAUUCAACUAAGAGAAAAUGACGCAUGUACCUGGUAAACAAAUGUACACUAGUGAUGCCCUAUCGAGAUUGUUAAAACCAUUCACUAAACCAGAUUGUUGUACCGUGCCAGAAGACGACAUGAAUGCGUUUGUUGAAACUGUGAUUAACUCAUUGCCUGUCUCAGAUAAGAAACUGAAAGAAAUUAUCGAAGCUCAAGAAGAGGACGAAGUGUGCAAGAAAGUUAAGCAAUACUGUCUCGAAGGAUGGCCAGACAAACAUAUGGUUCCAGAUGCUGUGAAGUCAUAUUGGAGAGAAAGAGGAGAACUUACGGUAGUCCAAAGCUUAAUUAUGAAAGGAACAAGAAUAUUGAUCCCAUCCUGUAUGCGAUUGAAUGUCUUGGACAAGAUUCACGAAGGACAUUUGGGAAUUACGAAGUGUCGAGAACGUGCAAAGCAGUCGGUAUGGUGGCCGGGAUUGAGCACCCAAAUCCAGGAUAUGGUACAGCAUUGUCGAACAUGUGCUAUGCAUAUGGUCAAUAAACCUGAACCGUUGUUCCCUACAUCGUUUCCAGAAAGACCAUGGCAAACUUUGGCAAUCGACUUUUUCAAAUGCGAGAACAUUGAUUACUUAAUUGUAGUUGAUUAUUUUUCACGGUAUGUCGAAAUCUGUCCUAUGAAGAAGAAUAAGACAGCAACCGAAGUUUGCAGAGUCUUGAAGUCCAUUUUCUCGCGACAUGGUAUCCCAGAGAGAGUUAAAUCAGAUAAUGGACCCCCUUUCGAUAGCGGCGAGUACCUCCAUUUCGCGAACGAGUGGGGAUUCGAAGUUCGUCACAGCAGUCCGAAGUACCCUCAGUCAAAUGGUGAAGUAGAACGAGCCGUACAAACCAUAAAGAGACUGCUCAAGAAAGAGAAAGAUAAAGAAAAAACUUUGUUAGCUUAUCGAUCUACACCGUUAUCCUGUGGAUAUUCCCCAGCCGAGUUGCUGACGGGAAGGAAGAUUCGUACAACGAUACCAACAUUCCAUAAAUUGUUAACACCGAAGUGGCCCGAUCUUAUUAAGCUACAAGAACACGAAGCUCAGUCCAAACUACAACAACAGAAGCUAAGUACUUCAAUACCCGACAUUGUGCAAUGCCACUUAAACAAAUACCUCAAGGAACUGAAGUUCAUAUUUCCACCCACCCAGAAAAUGGUGUUGUAAAGACUAGUACGGAAAGUCCACGACAGUAUGAAGUUGAGACUCCAACUGGUGUUAUUAAACGAAACCGUGUUCAGUUGGUUCCACUGCCAGAAAAACCGAUCGCGCAAAGAGAAACUAGUGAGUCGGAUAAUAAUAUUCCUGAACUCAAUAUAUAUUCAAGGCCAAAACGAACUGUAAAAUUAUCGUUAAAAGCACGCGAGAGCAAAGGACUUGCUUAG